UUUUUUUUCAAAUGUCAGCACUAAGAGGGUCUGAAAAAUUGCUACAUCUAGCAGGAAACUUGUCAUGAUGUGCAGAUGUGGAAGACCUGGAAACACUGACCAAUCAGAGUGGACUGGGCUUUAUCUGGGACGUCCUUAAAGAGACAGGCACUAAAUCUGAGCAAAUAAAGAGUGAAUGAAGGUAUAUUCAGACUAUAUGAGAUAAAUAAUGUGCUUUUUGAACAUGUAAUGCUCUAUUUGAACCAAAACUACAAAUAUGAAUGAAUGAUUUUCUGUGUUCUUAAUAUUCAAAUACUUUUGUAUUUUAUAUUUCUUUUUAUUUACUUCUUUGAUUUACAAUAUGAGCCUGAUGUCUGCCUGUAGACCAAUUUGAGAUAAUAAGUUGAUUUCUAUACAAACAAGUCACCCACUUUUCCAAUGCACGUGCAGUGGAAAGUUGUGACCUCGACCAUGCCUGAUUUAUUGCCAUGGUAUCGCUGACAUGUGUUUGUGGACUACUGUAAACCUUCAUGAGUUAUUACCGUGCAUUAGGGAAACAAAUCACCCUCUUAAAGAAGGACACAUAGAUGUAAAGACUGGAUAUUAGCUGUGGGGCUGGACUUUGGAGAUCGUUUUCUCCAGUUUCUUUCUUCCUUUUUGUUUUGUUUUUUUUGGGGGUUGAAAAAGUCGCUUAGCUAAAUAUGUGGCUGUCUAGUGGAGAGAAGGCGCUCCCACUGUUGGCUGCUAGUGGCUUCAAGUUGAGCAGUUGAGAGUCCCGCAGCCGAACCAUUGGUGCGUAAUGGUGCACGACUGGACGGCAGAUGUUUCACCACCGGGACACUCUGUCUCUGCACACUUUAUCUGAACUCUUCCGACUUUUUUUUCUCAGCGUAGGCGUGCGUUAACUUGCUCUCUUUCCUUUAAAAAGUUAUCUGAAGAAGGAAGGGGGACGAAGGAGAAGAAGAAAAAAAAAAUUGGGCUACCUCUUCAAACCGUCCCGGUUUUUACCGGGGAGUUGUCGUCAUCAGCACCCCAGAUAUCCCCCCUCUUAACUCCCUAAAUGGAUGGGGCAGUCUUGGUCUAUGCAGUUCAGCACAGGCCAAAAGAUUGGAAACAACUUGUGAAUAUCCGUCAGUUUGGCGUCUAGAGGGAAACGCUCAGAAAUGCCCGGCUGCUUCGCUGCAGCUCAACUGUGAGGACUUUUCUCCUGCAUUUGUGGGUUUUUUUCAGGAGGAAGAACUCUGCUCAAAGUUUACAACAGAAAGGAAAACUCAGCGCUGAAGUGGCAGCUCUAACACUAUAGCCUUCGCUAUGGAUUGUAUGUAUUUAUUGAUGUGCUUUUCACUCACUCAAUUAUUUUUGGAUCAUAUUUUUGCUGCAGAAACACAUGAAAAACUCUCUGGAAAGUUAAGUGAAUAUGGUCUUAUCGUGCCAUUCAGCACAGACUCCCGUGGCCGGUACAUUUCUCACGUGGUCUCUGCUGGAAGUGGAAGUAAAGGUGCUGCUGAUGCUGAUGCUGAUGCCGCCUCAGCCUUUGGCAGUAGAAGAAGGGUGGCCCGCGGUGCCCCAGAGAUGCCCCCGGUCACCCCUGCCUCGAUGCAGCACUUGUUUUUCAAUGUCACUGUGUUUGGGAAAGAACUGCACCUCCGUCUGAGGGCCAACAGGAGGCUGGUGGCCCCGGGGGCUUUUGUGGAAUGGCAGGAGGACUUUUUGGAAAAGGCCAAGGAAAGGAUCCACGGGGACUGUGUUUUCACUGGAGACGUGAGCGACAUGCCGGAGGCCUCUGUGGCUAUCAGCAAUUGUGACGGACUGGCAGGUCUGAUCCGGACUGAUAAUGGGGAGUUUUUCAUCGAGCCCCUUGAGAAGGGCCAACAGGAUGUGGAAGUGAAGGGGCGUGUCCACGUGGUCUACCGCAGGUCGGCCAUCAAGCGGGAGACGGGCCAGCGGAGGGAGGACCUCCACAAUGAAGUGGCAGACUUUGGGAUCGCAGACCUUCCUGCGGCUCUGGAUCUCGUCGAGCAUAAACUGUCUGAGUCCGAGCGCAAGAGGAGGCACGCAAAGAAAGACGACUACAACAUCGAGGUGCUGCUCGCUGUGGACGACUCAGUGGUGCGCUUCCAUGGCAAGGAGCAUGUGCAGAAUUAUGUCCUCACGCUCAUGAACAUAGUUGAUGAAAUCUAUCAUGAUGAAUCUUUGGGAACCAACAUCAAUGUUGUCCUUGUCCGGAUGAUAAUGGUUGGGUAUCGACAGUCUAUAAGCCUAAUUGAGCGUGGCAACCCAUCCCGCAGCCUGGAGCAGGUGUGUCGAUGGGCCAACACGCAGCAGCGACGUGACCCCGACCACGCCGAGUACCACGAUCAUGCCAUCUUCCUCACAAGGCAAGAUUUUGGUCCCGCAGGUAUGCAAGGUUACGCUCCAGUUACAGGGAUGUGCCACCCACUCAGGAGCUGCACUCUGAACCAUGAGGACGGCUUCUCCUCAGCCUUUGUGGUUGCUCAUGAAACCGGCCAUGUGCUUGGCAUGGAGCACGAUGGUCAGGGGAACCGCUGUGCUGAUGAGACUAGUAUGGGCAGCAUCAUGGCGCCGCUUGUCCAAGCAGCUUUCCACCGAUAUCACUGGUCACGUUGCAGCAAGCAGGAGCUCAAUCGAUACAUCCACUCCUAUGACUGCCUGCUGGAUGACCCCUUUGAACACAAGUGGCCCAAGCUUCCUGAGCUCCCUGGAAUUAAUUAUUCGAUGGACGAGCAGUGCCGCUUUGAUUUUGGUGUUGGCUAUAAAAUGUGCACCGCUUUUCGAACCUACGAUCCUUGCAAGCAACUGUGGUGCAGUCACCCCGACAACCAGUACUUCUGUAAAACCAAAAAAGGUCCUCCGGUGGAUGGAACAGAGUGUGCCCCAGGAAAGUGGUGCUUCAAGGGCCAUUGCAUCUGGAGAUCCAGCCAGGAGCCUCAAGGCCACGAUGGGAGUUGGGGCUCUUGGUCAAAGUUCGGCUCUUGUUCCAGAACAUGUGGAGGUGGCGUCCGCUCUCGCAGCAGGCAGUGCAACAACCCUCCGCCUGCAUACGGGGGUCGAGAUUGUCCCGGUUCUGCUUUUGACUACCAGAUGUGCAACACGGAGGAGUGUGCUGGCCCCUACGAGGACUUCCGUGCUCAGCAGUGCAUCCAGAGGAGCAACAAAUACCACAAAAACAUCAAGCACACCUGGCUACCGUACGAGCACCCAGAUGAGGCCCGUAAGUGCGAGCUGAGCUGUAAGUCAAAGGAAACAGGAGAGGUGGUGUUCAUGAACCAGGUGAUGCAUGAUGGGACCCGCUGCAGCUACUCAGAGCCCUUCAGCGUGUGCGCCCGAGGAGAGUGUCUGCACGUAGGCUGUGACAAGGAGGUCGGCUCAUACAAACAAGAGGACAAAUGUGGAGUGUGUGAGGGGGACAACUCGCACUGUCGCACCGUGAAGCUGACACUCACCAAGACGCCCAAAAAGAAUGGAAUGCUGAAAAUGUUCGACAUCCCAAUAGGAGCCAGACACAUUGUUAUCGAAGAGAACGAGACUUCCCCUCAUAUAAUUGCGGUGAAGAAUCAAGUUACUGGAAACUUCAUACUGAAUGCAAAAAGUGAAGACGCUGAAACAAAGACUUUCAUCGAGAACGGUUUACAGUGGGAGUAUUCCCUCGAUGAUGAGAAGGAGACGCUCAAAACAACUGGCCCUCUGCAUGAAGGCAUCAUAGUGCUGGUCAUUCCCAUGGAAGAAGAUGCAAAGAUCAGCCUGACAUAUAAAUAUAUUAUACAUGAGGACCUGUUACCGCUUAUUACCAACAACAACGUUCUUCUGGCUGAACUUGACACCUACGAGUGGGCACUGAAAAGCUGGUCCCAGUGCUCCAAACCCUGCGGAGGAGGGAUACAGUACACAAAAUAUGGAUGCAGGAGGAAGAGUGACAGCCGGUUAGUGCAUCGCAACUUUUGUGAAACCAGCAAGAAGCCUAAACCCAUACGCAAACGCUGCAAUGUGCAAGAAUGCAGCCAGCCCACGUGGGAGGUGGAAGAGUGGAGUCCCUGCAGUAAGACCUGCGGGAAGCUCGGCUACCAGACCAGGGUGGUGCAGUGCAUGCAGGCGCUCCAUAAUGGCACCAACAGGCCCGUGCACAGCAAGCACUGCACAGAGAAUCGGCCUGAGAUGAGGAGGGCUUGUAACCACACCACAUGUCCCACCCAGUGGAGGACAGGGGCGUGGUCUCAGUGUUCGGUGACCUGUGGCGAAGGGAUUCAGCAAAGGCAGGUGGUUUGCAAGGCCAGCGACAACACCAUCGGAGAAUGUGAGGGAGAGAAGCCGGAAACAGUCCUCAUUUGCAAACUAAGUCUGUGUCCAGGACAGCCAGCAUCUCCUCUCACUGUUGAAACAAUGGAAAACUCCACAAUAAAAGACCAAGCUGUUCACCAAAGGGCUCCUGAAAACCCUGUCCACAAAAUCUCUUCAAAUGAGCCAUGUCUGGGGGAUAAAUCAAUUUUCUGUCAAAUGGAGGUUCUUGCACGAUAUUGUUCCAUCCCUGGAUAUAAUAAGCUUUGCUGUGAGUCUUGCAAUAAGAAAGAAAACCUCGCCACACAUAGUCCUGACCUCCAUAACACCCCAGUGGCCCCAGUUGAACCAGAGACCUCUGCUCCUUCUCACACUGCAUCACCCAAGGCUCCUCCAACCGCUACGACCCAGAGUCCACUGCAAACCACUAAAGCAAUCAGCAGACGGAUUCGCUCCACCGUCCCGGUGCCAACCACCUCUGUUGCUGCUGAAGCCUCGCCAUCCACAGGUGCUGCUCAGCCUCAGGGUCCUACCAGCGACUCCUCCCUCACAGCUGGGAGAGGAGACUCAGACCCGGGGCCUCUUCUACCUCCAGGGCUUCCUCAGCCCACAGCAGACUCCAGUGGAGGUGCCUCUAAAGAGCACAGUCCAAACAGCACUUUAGGCCCAGUCGCUGCCAGGUCAAGAAGGGACGAUUUAGGAUCUGAGAGGGACUCGAGUCACAGAACCCUGUCAGCUCAGAAAUGAACAGUGAGCGAUGUUGUGAACGUGCUGCUCAGUGAGACGGUCUUGUGCAUCAGCUCACCCACUGCAGCAUCUAAUAGACUUGCAGUCUUGCUGCAGAUGUUUUCUUUCUUUUUUUUACAAAGAUUUUCCAUGCCAGUGAACUUAGACCAGACCAGCGAUGGUUACCUCAUCAAAACUCCAGAGUGAUCUGUGCACAACGUGGCUCUGCCCUCUGUGCUUCAAAUAUGAAACGGAAGAAAAAAAUUGUCAGGUGCUGUAAACUAAAACGACUACAAGACGUGUUCAAAAUGUGAUGACUGCAUUGCUACAUUCAUGUUUUUAUCUGUGUACAGUUGUGUAAUCCUGUUUUUUCAAGUGCAUUAGAACUACUAUUGAACUUGUAUUGUGAACAUGUGAGGAGAGGUCAAAGGCCAUGGUUUUGGAGGUGCACGUGUCAGCUAUGGAGACUGGAGUGUGCCACCACAAUAAUCAUAGACCCUGCCAGUGUAAAAUGAUCAACAGUUGAUAUAUUAAGAAGUGAUUAACUAGUUCAAUACAAAUCAUAUUACAUUUUAAUGAUGCAUUAAAUAACACAUGAGUAAAUUAGCAGAUUAAUAAUUUUAAUAUUUUAUUCUGUUUUAAGAAUUCAUAGAAUUUUAAAAUAAAACUGCAAAAAUAUAGAUAUAUUUUUUAUUAAAUUGCAUCCCUUUCUGUAGGAUUGUGCAGAGAUGUGUGUGUUAAUUUGUGCUUUAGAACACUGAAACAAUCCGAAAAAUUACGUUUUAUCCCUGAUUUGCGGCUUACUUUUUGCGGCUUCCUCUCUUCGUUUACUCGCUCAACCACCACUCCUCCUCUCUGUCUGUCUUUAGUGACAGGAUAGGGGGUCAACUUUCAACGCUGUGUGUUUGUAAUAACCAGCUAACAAAGUGACAUAUUACACCUUUAAAGACAGCUGUCACAUUUGAAGUUUUUUUAUUUAAAUAUUUAAUUAAUAUUAAUAUAAUAUUAAUAUUAAAAUGUAAUUACGUCCAACCCAAAGAGCAAUAACAGGAGCUUCUGUUUAGCAGGGUGGCAGAACAGCUCAUUACAUAACUGUUGGCCAAUCACUGAUCCUGUUGCUUUAGUUUGGUUUUAGGGAGCUAUGAACUAUAACCCAGCUAAUAGCACGGACUUUGUUUGUUGUUACAUUAAGGAUCUACAGAUCUUAUAUAUAGCUAUAAUUUGAUAGAUUCAUUUUGGACAGCCCCAGAUAGUGUUCCCCCUGCAUCCAGUGUUUACACCGAGGAAAACUAAGCAGGUUUAAACUAAGUAGAUUUUUAAUUGAAUUAUUUUAAUGUGUAAUUAGUUGACAAUGACUUUUAGAAAUAUGUCAAGGCUGAUUAUAAUGAGGCACUUGUUAGGUCCAUAAUUAUUCCGGUGGCACACUCCAGACACCAUAGACAUCACUCCUGGCAGGGAGCCUCAAGGCUCCUCUGUCCCCGGUGCUCUUUUUUUGUUGUUGUUUGUUCCCCCAGUCCAACGUACUGGUGAUAAUCCUCACUGGUAAGAAAAAAAAAUCAUGACUGUCUGCAAGCCAACCCCACUGUAGCAUGCCCUCUGUCUGCCUUUGUGGAAGUCAGUCACUUAAUGCUUUAAAAACAAACAAAAAAUGUAUGAAAAAAAAAAAGAACAACUCAUUGUUAUCUUUUUGUAACUGAGAUAAUUUACAGAUAAUAAUGUAUAUAGUGUAAAUUUCAAGUUUUGAAAAGAAAUUAACAACCAGGAAUUUAAUGGAAAGUAUGUUGCAAUUGUUAAAAAAAACAAAAACAAACACAGGCGAUGCUGUAAGUCUACAGAAUGUGGUUGGUCAUACUGUUACAACAUUCCUGCAUUGCAGUUUAUAACAUCAUGUUUAUUGUAUAGUUCUUGUAUAUACGUACGUGAAUGAAAGUUUUAAAUGUUAAUAUUUAUUGAAUUUUUAAGUGGUUAUGGAGAACUAAGUAAAAGACGUUUGAAAGAA